GGAGAAAGUAGAAACCAACUUAAGUUUGACGACUAAAUCCCAGACUGCUCCCGAGAUUCAUGUUACGCUAUUGGGGCUUUUGUGUUUUUUCAUUGUACUUCUGCGAAAGGGAGAUGGCAUCCAGAGGUAGAAGGGUUCCGAGCUUGUCCUCGGCGAAGAUGAGGUCGUUUUUGGAGAAGAAGGAAGGAAAAGAUGCUUCUGCGAGUAAGGUUUUGAAAGAAGAUAAUGCUGAUGUCGCUCAGUCGAGUGGGAAAAGUCCUGAGCCGAAAGGUUCACUGAAAAUUCUUUCUGGUUUCGAUGUUGCUGCCGGCUCUGGGGUCAGGAGUGGGGUUAGAAGGCAAAUGCCACUGCACGGCUUUGCACCCGGGGGUUCCUCGGAAUCUGUUUUUAGUGAUCAGUUUCCUUUUUCUGCCCUGUCGGAUAAGGUCGGCCAGAAUGCUCAUGAUGUUUAGCUUUUGAAAGAUGUUGGUAAAUAGGUUGUCGGGCAAUAUAUGUAGGUUGGUUUAUAUUUGAUUUUUUUCCUUGGAAAAUUUUGGUGUUUUGAUGAUAUUGUUUUUUGGCAGGUUAUUGCUACUAGGCUGCUUUGUGUUGGUCGUAGUGAUGAGCUCUUGGGUGCUCAGGAAAGGAAAGAUGCUGAGAAAAUUAAGCGUCUUAAGAAAUCGCUUUUUGAGAGAGAUGAAGUGAUUAUUGAUUUGACUAAGAGGAUGAAAGAUUUGGAAAAUGGUGUUAGGUGUUUAUAGGACCAGAUCCGCUCCUUGCAGGAGCAGUCGAAGGAGUUUGACUUGGAAAAAGGUAUGCUGACUGCUUGAAUUCAUGAGUUAGAGGAUGGAGGCAUAGUAAUGUUUGUUGCCGGGUUUGACUGUGCUGUGAGUUAGGUGUCUGCUUUUUGCUCCUGACUUUGAUGUCAGUCGAUUUGACGUUACAAAAAUAGUUGUUCGGGGAAAUUUGGUUGAUGAUGAACAUGGG